AUGCUGAAGUCACUCGGCUUCUUUGGAGAGUUAAAAAUCGGAGCCCAGCAGGAGGAAGGUGAUGUCCUGGAGAUUGGUGGGGGAAAAAAAGGAUUAGUGCUGCCCAAAAGUAAGCUUUGUCUUCAUAGAAUAACCAAGGAAUACUGGAGUAACUUUGUGCUGUUACUUUUUUUUCUAAACUUCUCUUUCUUUUUCUACCCCACAGUUGCUCUUGGUCGUAAUCAGCCCUUGAAAAAAGAGAAACCAAAAUGGAAAAGUGAUUACCCGAUGACGGACGGACAGCUGCGCAGUAAGAGAGACGAGUUUUGGGACACAGCACCAGCUUUCGAAGGCCGCAAGGAGAUUUGGGAUGCCCUCAAGGCUGCUGCACACGCUUUUGAGAGCAAUGAUCAUGAACUGGCACAAGCAAUCAUUGAUGGUGCAAACAUAACACUACCGCAUGGUGCUCUUACAGAGUGUUACGAUGAACUGGGCAACCGGUACCAGCUCCCCGUCUACUGCCUCGCUCCGCCCAUCAACAUGAUCGAGGAGAAGGGCGACCUGGAGACUCUGGACAUCCCUGACCCACCGCCCAACUCAGGGCACGAAUGCCAGCUCCGUUUGCGCCUGUCCACAGGCAAAGACCUCAAACUGAUGGUCCGCAGCAUGGACACGGUGUACCACAUGAAGAGGCGGCUGCACGCAGUGGAGGGAGUGGAGCCCGGCAGCCAACGCUGGUUCUUUUCGGGUCGGCCGCUCGCAGACAAAAUGAAACUGGAGGAGCUGAAAAUCCCAAAGGACUACGUGGUGCAAGUCAUUGUGAGCCAGCCCUUAGCAAACCCGACCCCGGUGGAAAACUGAUUUCUGCUUGUUUAUCGGUUCUCCUUCUUUCCCUCUCUGUUGUGGGACUGAUUUUCACUGCCCUGUCUUCUUUCGUUUUGUCCUGCUAAUGGAUUGGUUCCAAGAAUUGACCAGCAAAAAUUCCA